GUUGUCGCCCGCUCCCUCCUCUCGCCAAACAGUUUCGAUCUUAUGAUCCAUCGCAUAACGCUCAGAACACAGAGCCUAUACAAGUCAUCCAGAUCAUUCAUCACUGCUGCGAGGAGUCACAGACAGUCUUCAAGUCUAGUCUUGUCAAAUAGGGUGAGCUCCAACGCAUCCAAUCAACCGCGGUGCCAGCGCUUAUUGCUAUCGGAAUCGUCCAUCUCGGGUUUGUUCUCCUUCUUUCCCCCCCUCCCCCCACUUUCAGUCUGCUGUCCAGAGCGUUGAACAACAAGCUUCCAACCGAGCUCUACGUCGAGGUCUACACUCUACACCUAGAUAUCUUGCUUGCGCUUGCCACAUCUCAUCCAACAUGUCUUCCGGAGGCGCUACCAACGUCCCGGGCAACGCGGACACCAACCCGGAGUACCGUUUGCCCACUGACGUUUAUCCCGAGCACUACGAGCUCGUCGUCAAGACUGACCUCGCUGCAAACCCUCCUUCCUACAGCGGAGAGUUGAUCGUCACGCUCGAUGUCAAGAAGGACACCUCUUCCCUCGUCUUCAACAUGUCCAAGAGCCUUAACAUCACUCACACCGCCAUCACGACCUCUGAUUUGAAGUCGAGCUCUUCUGUCGUCCUUUCCGAGUCAGACCUCACCUAUAACGAGAAGAAUGACCGAGGAACUCUCAACCUCUCCAGCCUUCCCGGUGGAGGCCUCAAAGCUGGACAAAAGGAUGUCAAGGUUUGGUUCAGAUUUGACUCGGUGCUUGCUGGGAACAUGGUCGGAUACUACCUCAGUGAAGGCGACAAGGAUGAGAAGACCGGAGAAAAGCCAAAGUACGCCUUGACCCAGUUCGAGCCCACCGCCGCUAGGAAAGCCUUUCCCUGCUGGGACGAGCCCCUCCUCAAGUCCAAGUACACCAUCUCCAUGAUUGCUCGUGAACACGAGACGGUUCUCAGCAACAUGCCCGAGGUUGAGUCAAAGGCUUGGCAACCCGCUCGCAACGCCAACGUCGAAUCGGCACUCUCAUCCUCCUACCAGAUUGGAUCCCUUCUCGACGCAUCCUCGAAGCAAUCCGAGGGUAAGACUGAGCAAGGAGCCGGUGGCGAAUGGAAAGUCACCAAGUUCGAGACCACUCCCCUCAUCAGUUCCUACCUCGUCGCCUACGCCUGUGGUGUCUUUGCCUCGCUCUCCAGCGAGCAUCACAGCAAGAAGACCGGAAAGACGGUACCUCUUCGAAUCUUUGCUACUCCCAACCUUAUCAAGCAAGCUCAAUUCGGUCUUGACGUCAAGAAGUGGGCUCUGCCAGUCUACGAAGAGAUCUUUGACAUUCCUUACGCUCUUCCCAAAUUGGACACUCUCGUUGCCCACGACUUUGACGCCGGUGCCAUGGAGAACUGGGGCUUGAUUACUGGACGAACCACUGCUUACCUUAUCGACCCUGAAAAGAGUAGUUUGGCCGCCCGAAAACGUGUCGCCGACGUUCAAUGCCACGAAUUGGCUCACAUGUGGUUCGGUGACAUUGUCACCAUGAAAUGGUGGGACAACCUCUGGCUCAACGAAGCCUUUGCCACCAUCAUGGGAGAGCUCGUCAUCCCUGACCGAAUCUGGCCCGAAUGGAAGCCUCGUCAGAGCUUCCUUGACACGCACUUGACCCGAGCUUUGAAUCUUGACUCCCAGCGAUCCAGUCACGCCAUCGAGGUCGACUGCCCCGAUGCCGGCAAGAUCAACCAGAUCUUCGAUGCCAUCAGUUACUCCAAGGGAGCUUCCGUCCUUCGGAUGUUGUCUGGUGUUGUCGGCGAGGACAAAUUCCUCAAGGGAGUCUCCAUUUACCUAAAGAAGCAUCUCUAUUCCAACGCCACCACCAAGGAUCUCUGGGAUGGUAUCUCCGAGUCGUCUGGACUCGACGUUGCCAAGAUCAUGGCCAACUGGACCCUCAAGGUCGGCUUCCCCAUCAUCAAUGUCGAGGAACAGGGCGAUGGCAAGCUCAAGCUGACUCAAAACCGAUUCCUCUCCACCGGCGAUGCCAAGCCUGAGGAGGAUGAGACUCUUUGGUGGGUCCCACUCGAAGUCAAGACCCUCUCCGGAGGCAAGUCCAGCGUCGACCACAAGGCGAUCAUGCACGAGCGAUCUACGACAUAUGACGUUGGAUCCGCCGAGGAUUUCAAGCUCAACGCCGACACCAUCGGAGUCUACCGAGUCAACUAUUCUCCAGAGAGACUUGCCAAGCUUGGAAAGCAGGCCAAAUCUUUCACUGUUGAGGACCGAGUCGGUCUCGUUUCGGACGCGGCGACCCUUGCUCGAGCUGGUUACGGCAAGACCAGUGGAUCUCUCUCGCUCAUUUCAGAGAUUGCUCCUUCUGAGAACGAAUUCCUCGUUUGGUCUCAAAUCAGCGGUGCUCUCGCCAAACUCGGUCAGGUGUGGUGGGAACAGCCUGAGAACGUUCGAAAUGCCAUCAUGAAACUUCGAGCCGAUGUGUUCCGACCCAUGGUCCAGAAGUUGGGCUACGACAACAAGGAAGGAGACGCUCCCGAUGUCAAGGAACUUCGAGCCUGCGUCAUCAAUGCUGCUGCCGCUGCCGAGGAGGAAGAAGUCGUCAAGGAGCUUCGAAGCCGAUUCGAUCACUUCAUGAAGACCGGAGAUGACUCCAGAAUCCCUCCAGACAUUCAACGAAACGUCUUCAGCACUGCCAUUCAGUUCGGAGGAAGCGAAGAAUGGGAGAAGGUCUUGAGCGUCUACCACGACCCUCCUAACCCCAGUACCAAGGUCGACGCGAUGUACUCUCUGUGCACUGCUCGAAAGGACGAGCUGCUCGAGAGGACUUUCAAGCUGUUGGACGAUGGAGAGGUCAAAUUGCAAGAUGUUUACAUCUUUGUGAUUGGCCUUGGAAGCAACGAAUUCGCCAGAAGACGCACCGGUGACUGGUACAAGAAGAACUACGACAAACUCUUCAAAGACUUUGGCGAGACUUACGGAAUGACUUACCUCGUCAAGGGCUCGUUCAGCUACCUGGCGUCCGAGAAGGACUACCAGGAUGUCGAGGCUUUCUUCAAGGACAAGGACACCUCUGCGUUCAACCUUGCCGUUUCUCAAACUUUGGACAGUAUCCAAGCGGCUACUCAGUGGCUCAAGCGGGAUGCCACCGAUGUCGAGGAGUGGCUCAAGUCGAACAAGUACAUGUAAACGGCCGUCGGAGUUUGCUUCGUGGCCGAGUGAAAAGAUUCAAGCAGAGUCAAAUGCAUUAUGUUAUCGUGAUUAGACAAAAC